GGUUCCCCGGGGAUCCUAGGGCAGCCGCUUAAUCCCACAUGUGGCGUCAUUCUUCUGGAGCCAAGGCAUGGGCUGACGCUCUGUUAGGAAAUGACCCAGAAACCAUGGGUCGGUGGUGCCUCGAUGGGCUACCCAGCGACCCUACCGUGCCGUGGCGAGAACUGUGGAGACUGAGCUCCCUGCGUUUUGAACAGGCUCUCUCAUCUUCAGCCCUGAGCUUCAGGGAGUACAGACACUUGCUUACGGAGGAAGGGAACAUAGAUGGUUGGAGACAAGAUCUAGAGACUUCUGAUACGGAGGAGAUGUUACCGCCUUCAGGUUUUGCUGGGUUGGUUCCUCCCUCCCACUUCCAAGCUCGGCCCUUCUCCACCCUGUCAAGAACGACCCAGACCCAGACCCAGACCUGGGCUUCAGACGUUCCCCUGGUCCAAUCCACGGCCAGCCAAGAUGUCCCAGAGAGAUGGCUAGAUGCUGAGAGGCCUACAGUGUGGGAACACAACCUCUGUGGAGAUGGGCAGGGGCCAUGGCGGAGAGGCAGGUCCCAGGAGCUGGAGGUCUCCAACACCCUGACCCAGCAGUCCGAGCUGAUCUCCCGUCACCUCAAAGAGCUGCGGCGGCUGGAGGAGGAGGUCCAAGCCUACCGUGAGACCUCCAUGAAGCAGAAGAUAAGGUUGGAGGCGCAGGCCAUGGAGCUGGAUGCCCUGGCGGUGGCGGAGAAGGCUGGCCAAGCGGAGGCUGAGGGCCUGCGUGCCGCCUUGGCGGGAGCCGAAAUGGUUCGGAAGAACCUGGAGGAGGGGAAGCAGAGGGAGCUGGAGGAGAUGCACAGCGUCCACCAGGAGCAGCUGACCUCCCUGACGCAGGCUCACCAGAAGGCUCUUGCCAGCUUGACCAGCAGGGCCGAGGUCUUGGAGGAGUCUCUGAACAGCCUGGAAAUGAAGCGGGCGGAGGAGGUGAAGCAGCUGGCCAUGGCCCAGAAGGAGGUGGAGCAGCUCAGGAGCCAGCUGAGUAAGACCCAAGAGGAGCUGGAGGCCCAGGUGACCCUGGUGGCCAGUCUCAGGAAGUACGUGGGGGAGCAGGCCCCUCCCGAGGUGCACAGCCGGGCCUGGGAGCAGGAGCGGAAGGAGCUGCUGGACGCCGUGCAGCACAUGAAGGAGGACCGUACCGACCUCCAGGCCACCAUAGAGCUGCUGCAGAUCCGUGUGCAGAGCCUCACGCACAUGCUUUCCCUGCAGGAAGAGGAGCUGACCAGGAAGAUUCAGCCCUCCGAGGCCCUGGAGCCCCAGCUCCCCAGGAAGUGCCGGAUGCUGCUUCGCAGCUGGCGGGAGAAGGUGUUUGUCCUGAUGGUGCAGCUGAAGGCCCAGGACCUGCAGCACAGGGACGCCACGAAGUGCCUGAAGGACCAGAUCGCGGAGCUCCAGGAACAGCUGACAGCCCAGACCCAGGAGCAGGCCAUCCUGCAGCGCGCCCUGCAGGACAGAGCUGCGGAAGUGGAGGUGGAGCGGAUGAGCGCCAAGACCCUGCAGGUGGAGCUGAAUCGGGCGCAGGAGGCCAGGCGGAGGCAGGAGCAGAAGGCAGCCUGUGCUGAGGAGCUGCUCAGGACCUUGGUCAGUUCCCUGAGCAGCACGCAGGCCAAGCUCCAUAGCUCCAUGACCAGGCUGGACCAGGCUGUAGCCCGGAUUCCCAGCCUUAACAACCGGCUCAGCUAUGCCGUCCGCAAGGUCCACACCAUUAAGGGUUUGAUGGCUCGAAAACUGACUGUUUCUCAGCUGCGCCUGGAGAGCUGUCCCUCAGACCCACCUGCACCCCCACUCGGUGCAGACCUGAGCCUUGAGUUGGAGCAGCUGCGGGAAGAGCGGAACCGCCUGGACGCCGAGCUGCAGCUGAGUGCCCAGCUGAUCCAGCAGGAGGUGGGCCGGGCACGGGAGCAAGGGGAGGCCGAGCGCCGGCAGCUGAAUGAGGUGGCCCAGCAGCUGGAGCAGGAGCUGCGGUGCGCCCAGGAUUCCCUGCUCAGUGUGGGGCAGCAGCUGCAGGCCGCCCGGCAGGGCCAGCAGGAGAGCACAGAGGAGGCCGCCUGCCUGCGGCAGGAGCUGACCCGGCAGCAGGAGAUCUACGGGCAAGCUCUGCAAGAGAAGGUGGCGGAGGUGGAGUCCCGGCUGCGGGAACAGCUCACGGACGCAAAGAGGAGGCUGAACGAGGCGCGGAGGGAGCAGGCCAAGGCCGUGGUUUCCUUGCGCCAGAUCCAGCACAAAGCCACUCGGGAAAAGGAGCGCAACCAGGAGCUCAGGCGCCUGCAGGAUGAGGCCCGGAAGGAAGAGGGGCAGCGGCUGGCCCGGCGGGUGCAGGAGCUGGAGAGGGACAAGAACCUCAUGCUGCAGCGCCUCCUGGCCGUGCUUCCGGUGCUGCAGAAGAAGCCCACCGGCCCCUGCCCCCCGCCUGCGGAGCCCCCAGAGAAGGAGUCUCCUGCAGCUUCAGGGUCCAGGGAGUCCAGGACAGUGUCUUGCGUGUCCGGUUCCCUGAGAACCCUUUUCAAAAACCUGCAAGGCCUGAGCGAGGCCAUUUCCAGAGAGGACUCUAUUUGUCCGGAAGAUAAUCACAGCGCCCAGAGCAUGUCUCCUUCUGACCACUGCUGCUGAGCCGGAGCUGUCAGGAGCAGGAGUGAAGCCAGCCCGGAGCUGGACUCCCCAGGAGGGUUGGAGAGGGAGGACAUGGGCGGGGACAACCUCUGCCUGUUCCCCAGCAUGCCUUGGGACCCCAGCUGCCACCAAGUCCGAAUUCCGAAAUAAAUAAAGUCGGCUA